AAAGCGGUUACAGCCAGUUUCGCCAAUGGAAAUUGAUCCUUCGAAAAUCUUAUUACAACGUAAUACCUCGAUGGCCGAUUAUUCAGAAGUUCGCACGAACGAUCCUCUUAGUGAUCUUGAUUCGCCCCUUCACUCACGUGCUGAAAAUAAAUUCAGCGAAUGUGAUAUUGUUGAAGGCGAGAUGGGAGUACGCAGUGAUGAUGACGAUGAAUUUAUUUCGGCCGAUGUUAAAAUGAUCCUUCGUAAAAGGCGAGGAUGGGGUCAUGAUGAUUCUUUAAGCACACACGACCUGGAUUUGCUUGGUGAAGACGAUGAUGUGUUGGCCGAAGAAGACGACGCGGGGUGUCCAUUGCCAUCCACUCCUGAAGACACUCAACUCAUAGAAGCUGAAAUGACGGAGGUUCUCAAGGCUGGAGUUCUCUCAGAUGAAAUAGAUUUAGGAGCAUUGGCCCAUAAUGCCGCGGAACAAGCUGAAGAAUUCGUACGCAAGGUGUGGGAGGCCAGUUGGAAGGUUUGUCACUAUAAGAAUCUUCCAAAGUGGUUGCAAGAUAAUGACUUUUUGCACCGUGGACAUCGCCCUCCACUGCCUUCGUUUAGUGCUUGCUUCAAAUCGAUCUUUCGCUUGCAUACUGAGACCGGAAACAUUUGGACUCAUCUUUUAGGCUGUGUUGCUUUCAUUGGCGUGGCAUGUUACUUCCUGUCACGCCCAUCUGUCGAAAUACAAUUUCAGGAAAAACUAAUCUUUGGGGCAUUUUUCGUAGGUGCCAUCAUUUGUUUGGGUUUCUCGUUUGCUUUUCACACGCUCAGUUGUCAUUCUGUGGAAAUCGGAAGACUGUUCUCCAAAUUAGAUUAUUGCGGUAUAGCUCUACUUAUUAUGGGUUCAUUUGUACCCUGGCUUUAUUACGGAUUCUAUUGUCACUAUCAACCAAAAGUGAUUUAUCUGUCGGUAGUAUGUGUGCUGGGAUGUUUAUCAAUUAUUGUAUCGCUGUGGGAUAAGUUCUCUGAGCCAGCAUUCCGACCUCUACGUGCUGGCGUAUUUAUGUGCUUCGGCUUGUCCGGGGUAAUUCCAGCAAUUCAUUACGGCGUGAUGGAAGGAUGGUUCAGUCAAAUUAGUCAGUCCAGUUUGGGAUGGCUUGUUUUAAUGGGAUUUCUUUACAUAUUGGGGGCACUGCUUUAUGCCCUGCGAGUACCGGAACGAUGGUUUCCUGGAAAGUUUGAUUUGUGGUUCCAAUCCCAUCAACUCUUCCACAUUUUGGUUAUCGCCGCUGCUUUUGUACAUUACCACGGAAUUUCUGAAAUGGCCAUGUAUCGUGUGACUGUGGGUGAAUGUACAGUUCCCCAUGAACCUAUUACUUUCUAAGAA